GGGUUUGAGGAGAAGGAGAGUGUUGCUGCUGUUGUUGUUGUGUAGGAGGUGUUUUCUUAUGAAGCUUUGGUGAGUAAUAAGAGCGUACCAGGAUUUGGAGACGCACUUGCAUCGCGAGAGAGAGACCACCGGAAGCCAUACCAGAAUCUGGGCCACCAAGUCUUCAGGCAAAUCCUUGGCCAUCUAGAGAGCAAAUGUCUGAAAGAGUUUCUUUUGGGAAAGUGAAAUCCAAGAUUGGGAUAGGGUUUAUGAAGGAUUGCUGAAUGAAGGUCACGUGUUGCCGUCGACUAUUCAAUUUUAUCGUUGUUUUCCAUCUUCAAGAAUGCUGUAGCAUGGAUCGUGGGUCAUCUUGUAGAAAUAAAUACCCACCAAGAUGUGCAACCAAACAGCACUCUUCUUCCACCAAAUAACCUAGCCCACGACACAAAUCGCAAAAUAGAGAGACUUGCAGCGCUAACGGCUUCUUCCCACGGCUGCACACCGCGGCUUCCAGCCUUCUCCACUACCGGAGAGAACUCCUUCAGACCCCGACUUCCGUUCCCGCAUUCAGCCCAGCGACACUGCUCCGACGUUGCAGCCCCGCCGUGACAGCAAUCACAAACACCCACGCAGAGCGGAAACCAACCCGGCCUUUGCACGACUUCUGCACAGCUGUGGAAAUAUGCAUUGGGUUUGUAGGAAUCUUGAAGUCAAUUUAGGAUUCUAGAACAAGCAAAUCGAAGGGGAAAAGAGUUAGGCUUAAGUGUGGUUCGGCAUGACUGUGGACUCCAAGAUGUUGGAAGAUCAGGCAGUAGAACUAGAAGACAGUGCUAACAAAGUGAUGAGUCGGAAAAGAAAGUUAAAUAAAAUGGUAGAUAAUGGCCACGCCGCACCAGCAAAACUCAUCGACAGAAUUAUAUUAUCUUUGACCAAACCAUCUUCCGUUCUAGGACUUGGCCCGAAGACUGGCUCAAAGAAUGUGAGGUGGGAAAAUCGUGUCCGAUUAUGCCAUCUUUUGCGCAAACUUUUGAGACGGCACGAUUGGAUAGAAUUAGGCGGUGUGCUGAGCAUGAUCUUGAAAGGGACGUGCAACGACAGAUCUUCGACGAGGAACCGUUUAAAGUAUUCGGUUUCAAUGGAGCUUCUUAAGCAUAUGAAAGGUGAUCAUAUCACCCCCAACAGGAUCAAGAACAUCUAUGACGUUUGGAUGAGAAAGAAUGGUUCAAUGAAAGAAUGGCCAUUAGAGGACAGAUUUCUGGUUCACUUAGAGUUCAUCCUAUUCUGUCUUGCACAACAGAAUGCUGAGGAAGCACAUCAGGCUGCUCAAUGCCUCGAGCAAGAAGGUGAACUUGGUAUUCACCCUAUGUCGAAUCUGGUCAUGGGCUUGAUAUACUAUGAGCUUUGGUAUUCGACUAUCCCAAAAGAGAUGCAGUGGAAAGAUUCAAACCAGUUUUACUCCCCCCAGCACUCAGAUAUGGGAACAAGAUUCAGCUACCCAGACAGAAAUUCUGAGUGGUACAAUGCAAAUGAUACUUGCGAGGCUGGUGUUCCCUUUCAAUGCGAUUCAUACUCCUCUGUCAAUGAUAACCAAUUAUCUUCAGAUGCUGAUAUUGAUCAACAGCGAGACACUUCCAUGGAAAGAGAAAAUCCUAUGCAGGACUUCCAGCCACAAGAUUUUAUCAUGGACUGUAAUGAAAAAUUCAUAAAUGAAACUUCGUCCUCAAAUCACGAUGAUCAUAUACAGUAUGCUUCCAAUUUAUUUGCUCUUCGGGGCUUGGAUACGUGGUUGUUGCCCUUGCAAUUGCCGGAUCCUACAGAAAAUUGUGAAGAUUUCUUAGAUUUGCACAGGAAAAUGCUUAAUGACUAUCAUAGGAAUGCAGUAAAAUAUUUUCAACUUGCUCUUCACGCAACACCCCCUUUAUUGGUGGCCUUACUUCCUUUGAUACAGUUAUUGUUGAUUGGUGGUCAAGUUGACAAGGCCUUACAUGAGCUAGAAAAGAUCUGUUGUAAUUCAAGCUCAGCACUUUCUACUAGAUUAAGGGCUACUAUUUUUGAGCGCUUUGAUCAUAACAACUCUGUCAUGCUUUCUGCCUGCUUCGAGGAUAGCUUGAAGAAGGAUCCAACAUGUUGCCAUUCACUGGGGAAGCUUGUCAGGUUGCAUCAAAGUGGCGAGUACGGUCUUGAAUCCCUUUUGGAAAUGAUAGCGUUGCAUUUAGAUGCUACCUAUGCAGAACAUAAUACAUGGAGACAGUUUGCUUUAUGUUUCCUUAAACUUUCUCAAUAUGAAGAAGAUCGAAUGUCUGUGUGUCCUAAUGAAAAUGAAGAUGGGCAGGAGCCACCAGACACUAUUCAUUUUACUAAGACCCCCAAAAUAUUUACAGAGGGAAAAUCAGGAAAGAGUUGGAGGCUUCGCUGCAGAUGGUGGUUGACACGUCACUUCAGCAGUAAUGCGCUUGUAUCAGAGAUUGCAGCAGGUGAUUUGCAGCUCCUAACUUAUAAAGCAGCUUGUGCAUCGCAUAUGUAUGGAAGAGAGUUCAAUUAUGUUGUUGAGGCAUAUAAUUGUUUAGAAAAGGAAAAUGAUAGGGACUUGUUCUUGUUCUUGCAAACGCACAGGCAGGACUCAAUAGGAAUCUAUUCAAACUUCUUAUAAAUAAAAUAAAUAUUGA